AUGGAUUUACUGUAUACUGUAAAUAGAAAAGUGACAUUAAAACCAUUUCUAAAUCAAGAAAGGUAUGUAAUUAUUAUUUUCUCUUUUUUGUCAAAUUUUUAUAGAUAUUCUGAUAUUAAAUUAAAAAUAACUUUUCAUUGAUAUAAUAUGCUUAUUCGUAUUAAUGUAUUGUAAACAAAUGAACUAUUAAAAGAUGACAUAUAUUAAAUUUCAUUUACUGUAACAUAUAUAUCUAUUGAUAACUUGAUAUAAUUGAUAGAUAUAUACUUUUAUAAAUUUUAAAUAUAUAUUAUAAUUAAGAUUGACUCCAAGAAUAUACUUUUUAAAACACAAUCCUUUAAUGUAUAUGCAGUAAUCAAAUUUUUAGCCUGUAUGAGGGACAAUCUCUAUGCUCAUUAUCUAGUCGUAACAUAGCUGCUUUUACUACAACCACAGAAUUAGAUGAUAACAGUGGAAAAACAUGGGGAUCUCAUGUUUAUGUUUGCGACUUGAACAUGCCUUGGCAUACUCACAAGGUAUUAUCAAAUAAAAAUACAAUUACUGCAUUAGAAUGGGAUUUACCAGGUGAUAAGUUGGUUGUGUGUGAUUCCGUUGGAAAUGUUCAAUUAUGGAUGUUUAAAGAUCAUGUUCUUAACGAUUGGGUACCAAUUGGUUCUACCUGUUUUGUCGGUGAACAUAUAUUAGGUGCAGCUUGGUUUCACAAUGGGAAAAAAACAGCACUUGUAACAGAAAAAAAGGAUAAUAUUCACUAUAGUGAAAAAUUUAAUCACUUACCGUUUGUUCCCUCUGUAAGACAAUUUGGUGGUAGAGCAGCAGAGGGUGUAUUGGUAGUUUCAACUACAGGCAUGGUCGGUGCUGUUAUGGUUACAAAAGAUUUUCAGAAUCCAAUUUGUUCCUCCACAGAAAGUUUAGGUAGCACAAGACAUAGGAUAACAACAGUUGAUUUAUGUUAUGGAAAAAAUGGUCAUAUUCUGGUAGCCAUAAGUAGUGGAAAUAUUUGUUUGCCAAUUAGAUGUUAUAGAGUAUUAGUACGUAAAAAUGAUGAUAAAUGUACUAUCACAUCACAAGCACUGCCUAGUUUUUUUCUACAGGAUGGCGCGCCAAAAGACAAUACAUGUAAUACAAGUGUGACACACUUAAAGUUUGUAGUUAGGGAAGAUGCAGAUUCUUUGGUUAUUGCUGUUAACAGCGAUAAUGGUGGUGUAGUAGAAGUAUGGGAAUUAAGAGAAAAAACGCAACCAGUUCAUAAGUUGUUUCAACCCAAAACGUUAGAACCAUUUAAGACUAUAGUGGUAUGGCAACAUCAGUCGCAAUAUCGUUGUCAGUCGCCAAUAGUAGCACUAGCGACUACAAAAUUAUCUAUAGUCACCACAUUACCUCCUCCAAGUUACGUUGUAGUAGCUUUAGCAGAUUCCUCUAUACAUUGUUUAAGUCGAGAUUGUUUGAAAGAAAUAGCGUUUUCUUCUUUGAAUAUGGCAUGGCGACCCGAGGAGCCAAGUAAUAAAUAUUUUAGAAAUUCGGUUUCUAUAGCAAGUAUAGACUUAUCUUGGCUAGGCUGUGUACUUUUAACUUGUGAUACACGCGGGAAUUUAUAUUUGUACAAAUUACUACCUGAUGGAGGCCCAUCAUUAACAUUAAGUUAUGCUUGUACAUUAUUAGAGUAUUGUUUAGUAACAGGAUUAGAUUGGUUGGAUAUACUGUUGUGUUUGAGAUCUUCGAUGAUAGAUCCAUUGUGUGAAAGAUUGGAUGUUUCUUUCAACAGACAAUUACAGCCAAUACAACAGUACCAUUAUAUUCAAUUUCUUUGCAUCAAAACAUCGUUGUACAGGAUGCUAGUGCCAGGACAGAGUAAAGCGGCGGACUUAUCGUCUUUACUUAUGAUACAUUCAGUAGCAACAGCAUUUAAAUCGUUAUUACGUCCGUCAGAUUUAAUUUCUCAUGACAAAGGACCAGCGGAAAGUUUAGCAACAGUAAUUAAUGAUUCAAUUACUGAUGUAGAUAAGGUACUUUUACAUCUCGAUCCCAAAGAAUUUACUGUAGAACCAAGCACGCUUCAGUCGUUGCAACAAUUAAUUCAAUGGGUCGCGGAUCUAGCUUUGAAUCUUUUGGCUCGUCUUCCAGAGCAACGAUUGCAAAUAAAAUCUGGCGGUGUUAGUAUUGCAAAUAAAUAUCAAGCAUAUGAGCUUUUGAAGGAUCAUAAGGCCUUAAAUACAUUAAGAGAAUUGCUCGUAAUUAUACGUAUAUGGGGUUUACUGCGUCCUUCGUGUCUGCCAGUAUUUCUGCGUAGUGCUGAUAAUCUCGACGUACUCGCCUUGUUGUUCCGUUUAUUAUCAAAAUUGGUUCAACCGAAUGGAGAUGGUCAAGCUCAGCAGGUAGACGAUGGUUUAAUUGAUACAAUAUAUGGUACAGCUUUAAACGAUUCAGUUUCUAAUAGACAAAUUCUAAUAGACAAAUCAAGUACAAAUUUGAAUGAAUCUCAGGAUAAUAAAACUAGAAAGCAUAAAGAUCUUCCUCCUCUUGUGAUUCAUCGUCGUAAUUCGGGUAAAAAUGUUGAACAUGUUGGAACUGUGAAUGUAGAGAAAAAUGUUGAUGAAGAUGAUAAAGACGAAGACGUACUAAAAUCUGGAAAUGAUAUUUUGAAGAACCAAAGAGAAUCUAUGACAGAUUGUUUAAAAUUAGCAACAGUUACUCGUCAAGAUGAAUUGGACACAAAAAGUUCGAAAGGACCUCUUUCGCCAAGAGAAUUAUUUUUCAUCGAUCUCAUAAGAGAAGUUGAAAAAGCCGAACGAAACAGAGAACGUAAUUCUCCAAGAAUGGAGGAGAACCAGUUUUUCCCUAGUAAUUUUUCUCUACAUCCUAGAAAAGAUGUUAACAAAGAUACGAAAGAAGAGCAAAAACUAAGUGGUGUAUUAACAAAUAAAGAGCAAGAAGUAACAUAUUUCAUUGCGGAUAUAAAAAGUCCUAGGAAGGAAAAGAAUGAUUGUUGCCUACUACCUAAUCAAAUAAUGAUACCACAAUUACAUCAGGGUAAUAGCAUAACGGCUAUAGCGACGCCUGUACUUUUUUAUCAAAGUUUUCCCCUGCAGUUAGAAUAUGGCAUGGAACCUGAACAAUUAUUAUUUGUACCUGAACUUAAUCCAGUUGAAGGUUGCAUGCAUAGUGGUCAAGUUGUGGAUGGUAUAAGGCAUUUGUAUCUUGGAAAGCAACCGCUUCUCGUUAAACAAUGUACAAGAUGUGUUGGUAAAGCUCAAGUUCAAAAUAUGACGAGGACAGCUGCAAUUAGAGCAUGGGAUCAAAGGUGGGCACGAGCUUGCCGUUGUGGUGGCAUUUGGCGAAUUCAUAAAACUUCUUUCUAA